AUGCUUCGCGAGGGCGGCCUGUUGUCAUUAUGGCGUGGGAACGGGAUCAGCGUGUUGAAAAUCGCCCCUGAAACGGCACUCAAAUAUGGUUCGUAUGAACACUACAAGCGAUUUCUCACGUCGGGAGUUAGUAACGCCGAUUGUAAUCCUAAUAGUCCAUUCCUCUCUCUCUCUCUCUCUCGACUUUUGGCAUUCUAUCGCGGCUAUUUUGUCAACUUGUUAGGCAUUGUCCCAUACGCCGGAAUCGAGCUGGCACUGUACGAACGUUGCAAAUCAGCCUAUGUGCACCGCUUCAUGGCGGAGGAUAUGAAUAGCUGCGGUGGAGCCGCAGAUGUUCAUCCCCCAACUUAUGUGAUACCCGUUCUAGCUGGAGUGUCGUCCACUUGUGGCAUAGUGGCCACAUAUCCGGCUAGCUUAGUCCGUGCCAAACUUCAAGCCGCCUUUUGGAGCCAGACCACACAACAAAAAAUCACUGCCAUCAACUUGUUAAAAACGAUCUGGAGAGAAGACGGAAUAGCUGGUUUGUAUCGCGGUCUGGGUACCAAUCUCGCUAAAGUGUUACCUGCGGUGGGUAUCAGUUUAGCUUCAUACGAGGCCCUACGUCGCGAAUUCAAUCUCGGCCCUCUUGGAUCUGGAUGA